AUGGAGGCAGGUCCAGUAUCUGUUGGGAGUCCAGGAGCAACUGUGAGACCUCUCCGGCCACCGGCUACUGCUCUGGAUCCUUCAGCAGAAAAAGAGUCUCCAAAUCAUAAGAAUAAAGCCAGUAUAGAAAAUCAGAGAACUUCUGAAAAUGGGCAGGAGUUGGCCCACAGGGGAAACUGGCCUGUGAAGGAGAAGCAGAAUCUCAGUGUUGUAAGAUAUCGUUCAGUUCCAUCUGGAUCUGAGGUGUCCAAAAUGAAAAAGAUCAGAAGAGAAGGAAGUAAAAAUGUUCAGGAGAACCUCGGCCAAACCCAAACUCACAAUGAACCUUGUAGAACCUCCAACCAGAAUGAUUGGCUUCAGAUGUCUCAGGAGCAUUGUGCUGAUACGCUUCAAAAUACUAAUAUACAGGAUAGCAGAAUGGCCAUUAUUGCAAAGCAACAUAAAAAUGAUUCUCCAAAAGGUAAAAAGGCUAAUAGGAAAAGUCACCAAGUCAUCAAAAUGAAUCCUUUGUCUAUAGCUCUCAGUGCUGUGAGACCUUUUAUCUGCACAAACUGUGGCAGGAGAUUUCAUACCCGCUGGAACCUUCUCACCCACCAGAGAAUUCACACGGGGAGGAGGUUUGUCUGCUCCAAAUGUGGGAAAUGUUUCUCACACAAGAAGAUCCUCAUAGCUCACAAAUGGCUUCAUACUGGGAGGAAACCAUUCACCUGCACUGAAUGUAAUACGAGCUUCUUAUGGAACAAGGACCUCCAGGAACAUGAAAAGAGACACAAAGAACAAAUAAAUAGCAGUUACCUCUUUGGUCACGGUGGAGAGAAUCCAGAAGCCAGCUACUUAGACCCCAAUGAAAGCUAUGGACAAACGUUUGGAACCCAUUUUUGGAGUCGCACAGAUGAGAAGCCAUAUACUUGUGCUCACUGUGGGAAGAGCUACAAAUACAAGUCUAAACUCAAUAUUCAUCUAAGGAGUCACAUGGGAGAGAGACCCUUUGGAAGCCCUGAGUGCGGGAAAGACUUCAGUCAAUCUGACUCUCUCAAAACGAACCUCUGGAAUCACACAGGAGAGAAGCCUUGUGUCUGUACGGAGUGUGGGAAACGGUUCAGGAAAAAGUGGGAUCUCAAAACUCAUUUUCAUGUUCACACAGGAGAGAAACCAUAUGCCUGCCCUGAGUGUGGGAAAUGUUUCAGGCUUAGACAGAGGAUGAAGAUUCACCAUAAAACACACGCUGGGAAGACUUUCCCUUGUUCUGAGUGUGGCAAAUUCUUUUCUUCAAAGUGCACUUUGAAGAGACACCAAAAGAUCCACACUGGGGAGAAACCACAUGAGUGCACAGAAUGUGGCAAACAAUUCCUGGAGAAAAGUAAACUACGGAGACAUUAUCUACAUCAUUCUGGUGUAAAACUAUUCAUUUGUCCUGAGUGCGGGAAAUCAUUUACCGUUAAGCAGCAGCUCCUGUAUCACCAAAUGGGUCACUCUGGGGAGAGGCCACAUGUCUGUCCUGAGUGUGGGAAGGGCUUCAGGAACAAAGUUGCACUGACUCUGCACUCUCUUAGUCACACGGGAGAGAAACCAUUUGUGUGCCCAGAGUGUGGGAAAGGCUUCUGUCAUUCCGGCUCUCUCAAAAAACACCUCUGGAAUCACACAGGAGAAAAGCCUUGCAUCUGUACGGAGUGUGGGAAGGGCUUCAGGAACAAUGUUGCACUGACUGUGCACUCUCGUAGUCACACGGGAGAGAAACCAUUUGUGUGCCCUGAGUGUGGGAAAGGCUUCUGCCAUUCUGGCUCUCUCAAAACUCACCUCUGGAAUCACACAAGUGAUAAGCCUUUUGUCUGUACGGAGUGUGGGAAAAGAUUCAUGAAAGAGUUGGAUCUCAAAUCUCAUUUUUAUGUUCACACAGGAGAGAAACCAUUUGCCUGCCAUGAGUGUGGGAAAAAAUUCUGUACUAGACAAAAGUUGAACAUUCACCAUAAAACACACGCUGGGAAGACUUUCCCUUGUUCUGAGUGUGGCAAAUUCUUUAACGCAAAUCGCACUCUGAAGAGACACCAAAAGAUCCACACUGGGGAGAAACCACACAAGUGCACAGAAUGCGGGAAACAGUUCAUGGAGAAAAGAAAUCUACAGAAACAUUAUCUACUUCAUUCUAGGGUAAAGCAAUUUAUCUGUCCUGAGUGCGGGAAAUCAUUUGCCUUUAAGCAGCAGCUCCAGUAUCACCAAAUGGUUCACUCUGGGGAGAGGCCACAUGUCUGUCCUGAGUGUGGGAAGGGCUUCAAGAACAAAGGUGGUCUUACUGUGCACUCUCGUAGUCACACGGGAGAGAAACCAUUUGUGUGCCCAGAGUGUGGGAAACGCUAUGUGGAUCAGAGAAACCUCAAUUAUCAUAUUCGGAGUCACAUGGCAGAGAAAGCAUUUGAGUGCGCCGAAAGUGGGAUAAGAUACAUAGACUCCAGUUCUCUGGGGCUUCAUCUUCUCUCUCACAUUACAAAGUCUUUUGUCUGCGCUGAAUGUGGGAAAUGCUGCAAAUCCAAGGCCGGUCUCACUAAUCAUUUUCAGACCCACAAAGAAGACAAACCUGCUUUUAGUUAGUGUUUUGGAAACUUCAAGAACCAUAGAAUCUUCCUAGGGUUCAACUUUAUGAUGUAGUCAGGGCUCAUGUGAGGUGCCGUCUAGAGUGAGAAGUCCAAGGCAAUCCCUGGAAACCCACUACUUUCUACAUGAAUGAAUAACAAUGAUCUGCCUAUGGUAGAUGGUGAAGCCAGGACGGGAUCAUUGCCCAAGAGAAUGUUCUGGAGUCAUUUCCACCUGACAUCACUAGUGGUAACCAAAGACAGAACACUAAAUAUUUGUACUUUAGGGUCCCUCCUGCCUAUUUUUCACAUGUUUUGUAUCUACAUUUACUGUAUGAGGCAGUAGCCAUGAUGUCACUGCUUAUUACAGGGGGUUUAUGUUGCUCAAAGGGAACUGGUUACUCUGCUCAAGAGAACCUCAUUGGUCCCUUUCUGGUAUGGCCAUUAUUGCCUGGCUCCUACAGUAUGAAACCCUAUAGAAGAUAGUUGCUCCCCAGUUCUCUUUGUGACAUGCCCUUAAAGGAUAAGUAAAUAGUAGUAAUUAGGAGUUCUCUACCCUUAUUAAAUCCUAUGUAGGUUUCAGGUGCUAAACUAGAAGACGUUUGCCUGCUUUUUGGGUCAACUGAUACAACUUGUGUGCUACUGGAUUUCUUUCUUAAAGGAUAAGUAAACCUUUAAAAUAAUUGAAAGUAAAAUUGAUGAGGGGGCUAUUCUAAGCACUUUGAGUGUACAGUCUUUAUUUUUAUUCCAUGAUAUUAAG